GCUGCCAAGCGCGUCAUCCUCAAGCUGACCGCCAGGCUUUUCGGCUCUUCCACGGCUCUCCGCUGUCCUAAGCAGUUGUAGCAUAUAUAUAAGAAAUCAAAAAAUCUACUGGAAAAAGAAGAAGAAGAAGAAACUGAACAACACCAGACUCUUCUUCCACGACAUCAAUAAAUUUCUUAUUUCUCCUUCAAUCUUCGCGGCAAUUUAAAAAAAGAAAUGCCUGAAGAUAUAUCCGCUGAACGUCCAUUGUUCGGGGGCGCCAUUUCCAGUACUUUCCCUCUCCGCUUCCAGGAUGUGAGCAACAUUCGGCAAGUACCUGAUCAUCAGGAGGUAUUUGUGGACCCUGCACGAGAUGAGAGCUUGAUUUUUGAGCUUCUGGACUUUAAGGCUGACGUGGCCGACAAUGGAAGUGCCACGUGGUUCCUACAAGACCUUGCCGCUGAACAAAAUGCGGAGGGAGCUACGAUCAGCAUUUGACAUGAGCAUUGGCUGUCAGUUCAACAUUAUGUUGCGCAUUCUUGAAAAUGCCAUUUUAAGUUUCAUGAGUUGCAAUGACACCCCAUCACCUUGGAAGACAGAAGUAGAUGAUGGGAAAGUAACUAGACAAGAACCAAAUUCAUUUGCAGACCAAUUAAUUCGAGCUUCACCGUGCCAGGUGAUUGAGCAGUCGGGUGUUUUUCAAGCUGAUGGAUUGCAGUUUGGAGAUAUGCCCACUAUCAUUUCUACUGCUGUUGGCCAAAUGGCCAUUUCUAAGGGAAGGCAAGGCAGGGGAGCCCAAAACUUAGUAAAGGUGUAUUUGGCAAAUUUGCGCCUUAAGGGUGUUGCAACAGAUGUUCUAAUCACAGCCUAUGAGCCUAUAGUUAUAAAUCCCUUGAGUGAAAGUGCUAUAGCUGUUGGGGCCGGUGUUGCUGUUCCUGCUGCACAGUCUGGAUGCAUGCCAAUGAAUGAGGUUUUUCAACUUGCUGCCACAAGUUUUAAGGUGAAUGAUUGGAGCCUCUUUGGUGCUGCUUCUUGAGAAGUUCUUGGAGGGUCUGUGAUAGCUCGAAAGGAAUGUCAUGCAGAUCAGAUUUCCUAAAUUCUAGCCUUUACCGUGAAAUGGGUCAAUUUGCUUUUUUGGCAGUGCAGGAAAUUUGCUUGUGCUCAUCUUUUAUGUCUGGUCUGACCAUUCAAAUACGAGUUCUAGGUGGAUAUUAGUCUUAGUAGGCUUUGUUGUAGUCAGAAAUCAAUUUGGCAGCGAUUGACUAAUUGUUUUACCUUUUGGCAUUGCAGUUUUUAGUGCCCCAUUCAGAUCUUCGAAUUCGUGCAGGAUACACAUGCUAAUCAGUUCAUUGCACGCAUUCUAAGAUGAAAAAAGGGUAAUUAUAAGCAACAAACCCAGUUGCGCGUCUUCAUUGCU